AGUGUCUUGACGGAGUUUUCGGGCGUGUUGUGGGCGUCGACAGGUGGGCGUGCGUCGCUGAGGUCGGUGACAGUGGCACUGCCUCGCACCUGGCGAACCGACGCCCUUACCUGCUCCCUCCUCACGCCCCUCACCGCCGCUGCAGCGCCCACCGACGCCCACAUCCGCGUCACGUCCUCACACCCGGUGUUCGGGUCCCGCCCGUGGGCGCAGCAGAGCCAGGGCUGCGGGCGUCAGGGCGACUACAUCCAACUGGGAGGCGACUUGCUCAGGGCCACCACCAACGACACCUACGUCCACGCCGCCCGCCUCCUGCUGGCGGAGUGGGUCAAAUUCCGUUGGGGGGUGUUUGAGGAGCGCGGGUACCAGGACGACCCGCUCUACCCGCCCACCUUCCGCGACCCCAAGACCAACGUGCCGCGCCCCAACACCUGCAACACGCACAAGAUGACACCCGCGCCCUUCUGCACCACUGCCGCCCACACGCCCGAGGCGCCCACAAAACACAACGCCCAGUGCAACGGCCGCCCCGCCUGGGAUAUCAUAAUGCAAUCUCAAGACUUUUUCAACGAAAGGAAUAUCCCGACGAAUGCCACUGCGCCGCUGCUGCCAUCGGUGCGCUUCGUGCAGGAGAGCGCUGCGCGCAUUGUGUUGGUGGUGGAGGACACGGCCGUCAUGAACCUGCAGAGGAGAUGGGAGUUCGUGCGCAAGGCCGUGCGACGCGUGGUGGUGUACGACGUGCCUGACGGAGACCACGUCGCCCUCGUGGUUUUCAACUCCGUGGCACACACGGCCGCGCCGCUGUCCAAGAUGGACUCCCUGUCGGACGUGCGGCAGCGGGUGGGGUCGUCUCUGCCACGGAACCCCUCGCCCGUGCCCGAGAGCAACAAGUGUGUCUUGUGCGGACUGCAGGAAGCCCUCAGAACCCUUGACGCUGAUCCUGCCGGCGCAGCGGGCGCUACGAUAAUCUUAGUGACCACAGGCAAGGGCGCGGCACACCAGCGCGAGGUAGAUGAGAUGUCUCGUCUAGCUACCAGCCGCGGCGUGAGGGUAGACACGGUAAUCUACCCUAUGACGGAGCGCCGUGGCGGAGGAGGCACGGCCACGGACGGUCUCCAGGCCUUGGUGGCCGCCACACGUGGCUCUUCCUUCACGGUCAUGGAUGAGGGUGUUGGCAACGACUCCAAAGUGAGCAUGAUGGUGGCUCUGAUGGACGCGCUCCUCGCGGCCGUGCGCAGGAGCGAGCCUCCUGUAGCGCCCGGUGCGCCUGUCAUCAUCCACAGCACCGCGUAUCCAGGGGGCAUCGCCUCCAUGUCCAUCGGCAACUUCUCCCUAGACGAUUCUCUGGGUUCUAAUGCCCGGUUCUCCAUCUACUACUACGAUUUAAACCACGUGGGUAACACCGUGCAGCUGACAGCACCCUCGGGGGAGACCUUCGCCUCCGUCAACAUGCAGGAGGAAGAUGGUGACGCUAAUGUGAUCUUCGUCAACAUCCCCAACGCGGAGAGGGGCAAGUGGCAGUAUAAAGUGGAGAACCGCGCGGACUCCCACCAGGGCCUCCACAUCCAGAUCACCGCCAAAGAAAGUGGCUCCCGCAAGAUCAGCUUGAGGCUCUGGACCAACGCCCCCAAUACUGCCAUCAACGCCACUGACCCUUCGUUGCCUGUCAUCAUCUACGCCGAGGUCAAGGACGGCGAGGUACCCGUCAUCAAUGCUAGGGUGACGGCCAAGCUGCAGCGCCUGGGCACCAACACCACUGGGAGCAACUAUGACUCCAUUUUGGUCGACCUCUUCGACAAUGGAUUUGGAGACCCGGACAUCACAGGGGGCGACGGAGUGUACUCUCGCUACCUGCCGACGCUGCAGGGCGGGCCUGGCCACUACCAGCUGGGCGUCUCCGUCGACCACAACAGCGGCCUGGCUCUGGCACCCAUCAACGACGCCUUCACCCGCCACGGCGGGCGCUUGUACGGCGACCGGGAGAAGCAGACCUGCUGUGGCAGCCUCAUCAAGUACGAGCACGUUAAGCCCGUCCCGCCCUUCCAGCGCUCGAUGAUUUACGGCGUGCUGGAUGUGGUGUCCCCUCCCCCGCCCACGGACAUCGUGCCACCGACACGGAUCCUCGACCUGCGCUCCUUCGUGAACCUCACCACCCGGGAAGUGUCUCUGCGCUGGACUGCGCCCGGGGACGACUACGACUGGGACCGCGCACAUCACUACGAGGCGGUGUUGGCCAGUUCCUGGGCCGAGGCCAAGGCUUUUGACGGCGAGCGUAUCAGCGGGAUGCCCGUGCCCGUGCUGGUGGGCACGGAACAGGCCGUGGCUAUACAAGUAGAACGCUACGAUCAAAUGGUAUACGUGGCCAUCCGUGCCGUGGAUGAGGCCGGCAACCGAGGCGGCGUGAGCAACAUCGCAUCGCUGUGGGUGCCGCAGCCGCCCACCACACCGCCCCUGCUGACCAGCCCCCGCACCCUGGAGCCCACCAGUGACCUCACGGAGCCCCAGGGCCGCGGGGUCACCCAACCGGUCAGAGUGGCGGGCAUCAACCUGGAGGACAUGGCUGUCAUCAUCGGUUCAGUGGGCGGGUUCCUCAUCAUCGUGGCGGUACUCGCUACCUUCUGCUACUGUCACGUGGCCCGCAGGCGGCGCCAUCACCACAAAAAGGAGAACGAAAAACUGGAAGCCAACCGUAGUGUGAUGAUCAAGACCAACUCCAGCCUCAUGGUGGACCAGGACGAGAGUCACGAUUCCGUAGACAGCACCGUCAAGGACGGGGAGGUGGCGGUAGCCAAAGAUGGCCGGCCGCUCUCUCCCAUACAGUCAUGGGGGGUGUCCAAACUCCUGCAGGAGCACGAGCGUCGGGUGUCCAUGACCAGCGGGCCCCUGGUGGAGGCCUCCGGCUCCCUGGCUCACUACCAGAGCAUGCAGGAGCCCUUCCCCGACGUGACUCUCACUGGCACGCACUCCUACCCAACCUCUCAGACACCCUCCACCACGCACUCAGAUCCUCCGGCCUACCAGCCACCCUACACCACCGACGCCUACGCACCCUAUCCCUACCCUUACCACCCUGGCUAUAGCCACGAAGAGCUUCCUCCCUACACCCCAGGCCUCUCCUCGCAGUCAUCCCAGGCCUCCACAGCCUACACCCACGAGAUCGCCUCUCAGCCCUCAGAAAUCUACCCCGUCGACCCAGCGAACUAUCCAGCAGAAAUGCCGUCCUUUGUUGGCGAAAUGGCUUACAGCCAAGCCCAGCCUCCGAUGUACGCACCCUGUCCAGAGGACGCCAUCAUCACCAACCAGGCUCCCGUGCGGUCCAAGGUUCCCCCGCCAGUAGCGCCCAAGCCGCCCCUGGCCGCCCGCGUCGCAGCCGCCACAGCCGCCUCCACAACAGCGUCUGUGGAGCCGAAGCGUCGUAACGUGACUCAAGUGUGAGGUGUCCUUCCAUCCCCCACCCCUUCCCCCUCCAUCCCUGCCCCUCCACAGCACCCGCCACAAGAACGCUUUAAGUGUUAAUAUCAUUGUUGUCAUCGGCUUUUUUUCACCUCCCUGCCCCACCCUUUCAACCCCCCCAACCCUGCCCCAUCCUCCCCAUCUCUUCCCUCCCGAAUCUCUUUUGUAUGGAGUUUUUUCAACGUAUGAUAAGACUUGUUGUGUAUGUAAAAUAAGUGUCCAGUGUAUGGAAAAAAAUGUAUGUUGUACAGAAUGUUGUUGGUUGUAAGCUUUGCUCACAUCUAGUCAUAAUUGUAUAGAGUUUAGGACCACUCGGGAGAUCCCCUCCGGCACCAGGCGCUGACGGGGGGGCCUCCCGAAGACCUCAAGAACAGCGAACAAUGUGGCGUCCUCUCUCGGCCCGCACCACUGUACUGAUCUCAAUAUAUCUUGUAUGUCUGUGAUAAAAUUCGUAAAAUAAAGACAAUCAAUUAA